AUGUUCGAUCUCGUGAAAUUUUAUCACUGGAGGUCGCUUUUAAGAAAGAGACCCAAAUAUCUAUUCAUUACGUUUCAGAUUACCCCAUGCAUUUCAGACGAAAUAAUCAUGUAUUUUUUUUUUCCUUCACAGUAAUAGUGAUAUUGCUAUGGGCAUCGUGCAAAAUCUCCAAGUCAUGCUGUUUGUAUUCAAUUUGGCCCUCUCCACUGUGGCACAGAAAGCAGUAACUUGUCAAAACUUCAAGUUUGCUAUCGAUGACGAUGCUAUCCAUAACCAAAUUCUUGAUGGUUACGUGUUUCAAAACUUGACAGUCCCCAACGCCAUCCAGUGUCACUUGAAGUGCAAAGAUGACUGUUUGUGUGUAUCCAUGAAUUAUUUCCCUCUGUCCAAAGAAAAUAACUGUGAGCUUAAC